AUGGAGGGAGGACAACUUGAUUUGACCAGUCGUUUUUCCCCCUACUGCAUGUUCUCAGUCAGGUAUAGCGAUGAGAAUUACCGCCGGCUGCUGAACCUCAGCGAAUACAACAUCCUGAACAACUCACAGACCAUUAUGCAGGCCUUGCAGACAGCCAUGCAAAGGAGGAGGCAAAACAUAUCAUGUGUUUCUGUAGGCUUUGAGGUCUUGAUAAGGUUGGACGGGUACGGGACGGUGACCACCACGAUGGAGCAAGAUGGUGUUAUGUCUCAGGAGCUGAUCACUCCCACCGGCCGGCUAGAAGAAGCAAUUAUGCGGCUGGAUCCUGAUGGGGAACCGCGGACUCCUGUUACAAAGAUAGAAUCAUCUCUGUGUUACUUACUGACUAUAAGAGUGAUAAGAGCCAGGAAUAUCCACCGGGCAGAUGUCUUAAGCCAGACUGAUUGCUAUGUGAGCCUGUGGCUACCGACUGCUUCAACUGACAAAUUUCAGACUAAAACCAUCAAGAACUGCAAAGAUCCAGUUUGGAAUGAAACCUUCUACUUCAGGAUCCAGAGUCAGGUCAAGAAUGUCCUGGAACUGGGGCUCUACGAUAAAGAUGUGAUUACUCAAGAUGACCACCUCUUCACGGUGUACUUCGAUAUAGCCAAACUUUCCCUGGGAGACCGAGUCUUCAUGCACUUCACGUGCGAUUCACAGAGACAAGAGGAGCUUGAGGUGGGAUUUGCAUUGGAUAAUAUUUCAGGCCCUCCUGAAACCAUCAUUACUAAUGGAGUACUAGUGUCUCGCAAAAUCUGCUGCUUGGAAGUCCAGGUGGUUGAAAAGAAGAAGAAGAAGAAAAAGGAGAAGAAAUCUGUAUCAAAGAAAGAAUUCUCCUUCAAAGUUCAAGGCUCUUAUGAGGGCACCCAAGACAUCAUGUUGGGAUCUGAUCUGGCCUUCAGCUCCUCCUCUCCUGCCAAAUUCCACUAUGCCAGAUACAAGCAGCCAACGCUGGAUGUUACGCUACCAGGGAAUAAACGACCUCCCUCCUUUCCCUCCCAUGUGUUCAAUACAGGCUCUCCAAACGUGGAACUUCAUUCCUUUCCAAGUGGAAAAAAGAUGACCUUAGCAGAGGAUAAAGGAUUUGGUUUAUAUGCAAAGGCAGAAGACUGCCCAGACCACCUUGAUGUGCGUUUAGGGUUUGACCUCUGCGUGCAGGAGCAAGACUUUCUAUGCAAAAGGAAGAAGUAUGUUGCUCCUGCUCUGAAGAAGGUCCUGCAACUGGACCAGGAUCUCUUGGACCAUGAGACCCCGGUGGUGGCCAUCAUGACCACAGGAGGAGGGAUGAGAUCUUUGACCGCGCUGUACGGCAGCCUGCGGGGGCUCAAGAAACUCAAUGUCUUGGACUGUGCCACAUACUUGACUGGCUUGUCUGGUACUACAUGGACCAUGUCAAACUUGUACAGGGAUGCUGACUGGUCACAAAAGGAUCUCGACAAUCAAAUCAGUGAGGCUCGAAAACAUAUGACAAAAUGCAAAAUAAAUUCCCUUUCCUUGGAGUAUUUGAAGUAUUACAGAAAGCAGCUGUGUCAACGGAAAAGAGAGGGCCGCAAAACGUCUUUUAUAGAUCUCUGGGGCCUUGUCCUGGAAUCUUUGUUGCAUGAUGGGAAGGACAACCAUAGACUCUCUGAUCAGCAACGGGCCAUUGAUCGUGGUCAGAACCCAUUGCCUAUCUAUACUGCAGUCAAUGUCAAGAACAACUACAGCACUCUGGAUUUCAAAGAAUGGGUGGAGUUCACCCCCUACGAGGUGGGAUUGCAAAAAUACGGAGCUUUUGUUCGCACUGAGGAUUUUGGCAGUGAGUUCUUCAUGGGUCGGUUGAUGAAGAAGGUCCCUGAAUCCAGGAUCUGCUUUUUAGAAGGCAUAUGGAGUAGUUUAUUUUCAUUGAAUGUAUUAUAUAUCUGGAAUUUGUCGCAUUCCUCGGAAGACUUUUGGCACAGGUGGACCCGGGACAAAAUCGACAAUAUAGAGGAGGAACCCCUCCUACCACUGAAGCUGCACGAGCUGAGGACUCGCGUGUUCACCCCUCCCGGCCCCCUCGGCAGCGCUCUUCGCAGCGCCCUCACCGACCGCCCCUGCAUUGCCCAGGAGCACAACUUCCUAAAGGGUUUCCAGAUGCAUAACGACUACCUGGAGAACAAGCACUUCUGCAGAUGGAAAGAUACUGUGUUGGACACGUUUCCCAACCAGCUGACACAAUCGGAGGAAUUCCUGUCCCUGGUGGAUACAGGAUUUUUCAUCAAUACAAGCAUCAUGCCACUUCUGAAACCAGAGAGAAAGGUGGAUGUCAUCCUGCAUUUAAAUUACAGUGCAGGAUCCCAGAUACAGGCUCUGGACCAGACCUGCAAGUACUGCUCAGAGCAGGGGAUCCCUUUUCCCAGAGUGGACUUGAGUGAAGAAGAGAGGAAAAACCUGAAGGAGUGUUACCUCUUUGAUGGUGCUGAGACUCCAGGAGCACCAGUACUGGUAUUUUUCCCGCUAAUUAAUGAUACCUUCCAAAAAUACAAAGCACCAGGUCAGAGGCGCUCAGAGUCAGAGAUGGAAGAUGGCAAAGUUGAUCUUUACGGCCGCUGUUCCCCUUAUUCAACAUAUUCAAUCCAAUACACCGAGAAGGCGUAUGACCGUCUGGUUCAGCUGGGUGAAUACAACAUCCUGAAUAAUGAGGACCUCAUUAUGCAGGCCUUGCACACGGGAGUGGCACGGAAAAAGCAGAAAAGGAAAUAA